AUGACGCGUCGCACAUUGUACGGCGCGAACCGCGUGACGCCGCCUGUGGACUGCCCGUCGUGGGUCUGCUGUCUGCUGCCGUGUCUCCUGCGCCGCGCGUCGAUGCAGCUGUACCAGAAGGCGCUGCCUCGGGAGUCCACCGUGCGUCGCCAAGUGCUGGAAAGCGGUGGACAGCAGAGCACCCGACGGCUGCGGAUGGACGCGAUGAGUCUCGUGCACGGAGACGUGGUCGAGCUCAAGGCUGGAGACGUCGCGGGGGCAGACCUGCGCGUUGUCGAGUGCUCAGGUGACUGCGUAGUGGACCAGACGACUCUUGUGGGCAAGAGAGAGCGGGCUCCAGACUGUUGGCGAACAAAAGCCGUGACUACGGACCGUCCGCCGUCGUAUCUGGAGCGCGAUCCACUACGAUGUGGCAAUAUCGUGCCCAUGACAGCGACUGUGCUGCGCGGUGCGGCGGUGGCAGUGGUCGUGGCGACUGGAGAUGCCACGAUAUGGGGACAGAUGAUCGCGCAGCAGACGUGGCCGGUACCCUCAGGAACUGGAAAGAAGGACAAAGACACGGACCGUGUUGAAGAGGAGGAAGAGCAAACCAACUUGAUUGUGUAG